AAUAACAAUCAACCAGCGUGUUUCGUCAGAAAAAGCAGCGCAUCUUGGGCAAUUUCGUCGAGAAUCAGUGGACGUCAACACCAUUAUCCAUUAGCCAAUCUCUUCUCUGUCAAUCUCUUCUCAAUGGCAGAUGAGUGCAAGGUUUCUGCCGUGAAUAUAGAUGAGAGAGGGUCAUACUUGCUCAAGGUAGAUGGACACUCAAGAGCCAAGGGACUAUACAACAAGGGUGAGUACAUGGCUUCUCCCCCUUUCAGCGUUGGAGGUCACUACUGGGUCAUGGUGGAUUACCCAAACGGUGGUGACUCGGAAAAACAUGUUGGUCACAACAUACUCGUCAGCCUGGUUCUUCAUUCAGCUGAUGCCAAGGAUAUCAAGGCCCAAGUCAAAUUUUGUAUACUAGACAAGGACGGGCUACCAGUGCAGAAACUCGGUUGUGCCGUCGCUGACUGUAUCUUCCCACGGAAAGAUUCAACAUGUGACUACUUUGUCAUACGGGAUGUUUUUGAGCGGCCCGAGCAUAUAAUAGAUGACUGUUUCAGCAUCAGGUGCGACCUAACAGUCAUCAAGAAUAAUAAUACCCUCCAUCAAAAAACUAUGGUUCCUCCAAGCGACUUGCACCGGCAUCUCGGCAACCUCCUAGAGAGCAUGGAUGGAGGCAACGUCACCUUUCUUGUCGGCGGGGACAAGUUCUUGGCCCAUAGGGUUGUGCUCGCUGCUAGGUCAUCCGUAUUCAAGGCGGAGCUCCUCGGCGUGAUGAAGGAGAAAGCCAACAAUCUCGUUGAAAUCAAGGAGAUGGAAGCCGAUGUGUUCAGGUGCUUGCUCCAUUUCAUAUACACCGACUCGCUGCCCGAUCUUCAGAACAUGGCUAGCAACCAAGGUGAGGCGCGUCAAAAUGUGGUGAUGGCUAGCCAUCUGCUCGUGGCAGCUGACAGGUACAACGUCGAGAGGCUAAAACUGAUAUGCGAGCACAAGUUAUGCAGCAACAUUGAUACCAACAUGGUGGCUACCAGUUUGGCCUUAGCUGAGCAGCAUAGCUGCAAGCGACUCAAGGAAGCUUGCCUACGGUUCCUUGCUUCUCCCUCCAAUUUGGAGGCCAUGAUGGCGAGUGAUGGUUACGAGCAUCUGAAGAGGAGUUGCCCGUCUGCCCUUAAGGAGCUAAUUGCUAGUCUCCUUCCGGAUACAAUGAAAGCGGCAAAUGAUAUUAUCAUGGAAAUUUAGUACGGUGGUUUAGUAUUGUUGCGCACGAAUAAGUUAGUUUAAUAUAUAUGCAUGAUUUAACAUAGUUCUCUGUGUAUGCUUGCAUGUGUGCCUCAACAAAUGAAAAGUGCUAUCUAUGUUCGUUC